AAAGAUGUCCACCACUUUUUGCAGAGGAUAAGAAGGAAACACAAUACGUGUAGCUGCGGUUGCAAAGACGUUAUCACGGACAGCCGUUUUCAUCCGUGCUGACAGAAUAUAACAGUAUCUUAUUUGGAUAAACUUCUAGUCGAUUUAAUUGAACAAAACAAAGGUAAAAAUGAGAUUGUUAACACUAUUGGCUCUUCUACUUUCAAUACUAGUUGUAAUAGUGUCCGCGGCUGAAAAUGGAACAAAACCAGUGAGGAAAACCUUACGAAUGGUUAAAAAACUGAAGAAUUCAUCAUCGAAACAUGCAAAAAAGUCGUCGAAAAACGAUGAACAAAAAUCUGAAUCAUUCCACUUGCCAAUUAUUGUUUCUCCAGAUCAGAUUCCCCACGAGAAAAUACCCGUAAAUAUCGAAAUACACGAUGAUGAAAGAUAUAUUAAAUCUGAUAAAGAUUUACAUCCAAUCGAACCCAUCCAUCUGAUUCAAGUAGACGAACAUCAUCAGCAACAUCAACCAUUUUAUGUUGAUGCCAAUGAACCCAGUUAUUCUGCAUAUUCUCCAGAAAACGCUCAUGAAGAGAAAGUAUUCCAUGGACCCGUUGCUGUACCUUUAGAUUAUCCAUAUGGAGAACCUCAGAAUGAGCAUCCUUACGAUUAUAAGAACGAAAUUGCCCCUCAGGAAUAUUAUCCACCAGAUUACGGCGACUUGUCAGCUAUUCCUGGAUCGCCUGGUGUGGAUUAUCCAACUUAUUCUUAUCUCCCGUGGACAGGAUUUCAAUGUUUAGAGCAUACAGCAACUCCUGGGUUUUAUGCCGAUGUAGAAACAAAAUGCCAGAUGUGGCAUUACUGUCAACCAGAUGGACGACAUGACAGAUUUUUGUGUCCCAAUGGCACUGUUUUUGAUCAGCUGACACGAGUUUGCAAUUGGUGGUUCAACGUUGACUGCGGCAGUUCAUUAGUAAAUUAUAAUAUCAAUUUUGAUCUGUACCGAGAACCAGUCCAGAAAAGUCACCAAAAUCUGGAUGCUGCUUCUUAUCAAGAAAGUGGUUCUCUCCCUUCCCCACAACUGCAGCCUUUUGAUGCUGACACCAAACCGAACAGUUUCCUACGUCACAUACAAGACUUCGAGGCAACACAGGGUGAUCUCUCCCAUUUGGAUCAAGGUCCUCGUCGCUACGAUGAAAGUUUUUCUAGACCUAUACAAGCCGCCGCCAGUCCUCAAGUGCAGCGGUAUCCAGUCAAAAUUGCACCUGCACCAAAGGUGAGACACGACAAUGAAGAAACGGUACCUAUAGAUUACGAUUCUAGCAGUUCGCAGUCUUUCUCCACUGUGAGUGAUGAACCGACACAAAAGGCAUCUUAUACUCCAAAAUCUUUGCCAAAGAAGAGGGUAGCUAGACGUAAACUACGAAAACAACCAAAAAUCUCCGUCAAGUACUUAGAGGAUGAUAUUCCAACUUACAGAGAAGGUAAAGCCAGUCCUCCUCCAGGGAAAAGAUUACGAAUUGUAAGACGGCGUAAAAUUCACAGAGAUUGAAGAACUAGUAACUUCAGAACUGAUAGUAAAAUAAUGAUAAUAAUAAUAAUUAAUGAGAUGUUUUACCUCACAGUGUGAUUUCGCUUCUUAUCGCAGAACACAUUCUUAUCGUCUGAAGAAGCUUUGGAAUGCCAGCUGUUUAACGCGGCGAACAAUCAAGCUGUGCUCUUUCUCGGCUGAAUAAACUGAAUAGACAUUUAAUUCCAAAAUGCUGUUAAAUCGGACGAAUUCAUUAUUUUAAUGGUUUAUAUGAAAAUAAUUUAAAAUCUAAAAGGAUUCAGUUUUUAAAACGAUAAUUGACACUUUUAUCUUUAUUCUUUAAAAGUUUGAGAAGAUUUUGACUCUUCAAAACUCUUCAAGUAUUCUGCAAAUUUAUAAUUUGUUGAAUGUGAAGUAAUACACAAUUUAUGUAUGGUGAAAACAUAAAAUGAUAUUUUAAAUGUAAACUUCAUCAUAAUUUCUCUCUUGGUAUGAUUAUUUUCCAAGAAGUUAGUUUUAUAUGAAUACUUUUAAAUUAAUUGGUAGUUCGAAAGUGAAUUAUAUGAAGUGUAGAAAUUAAUAACAGCAAGUAUCUUAUUCAAUGUGUUUAUUUGAAUCUUUAUUGUAUGCUAAGCUUCAGUGUAAGAAAGGUAAAUAUUAUUUGAUGAAGCAUAGCACCGUGGCAAGAAGAACUAUAGCAUAUAUUAACGUACUACAGAACUAAGAACGUUUAUCAAUCUUUUCCAUUCCGUAUAUAAUUAGUAGAGAGAUGUCAGUUAAAUUAUCUCAAAUGACGAAAAUUUUGUUACAGGUCCCCUUUGUUAGUGACAUUUUCCAGAAACAUUAAAGACAACUUUUCCCUAUUAAAUUCUCUUCAAAAUUGAUUUGUAAAAUCAUUUAAAAUUGAAAUUUUUUUAAAUAUAUGUGCUUUAUUUACACGAAUAUCUUUGAUGAACAAUUAUGUCCAUUUUAAAGAUUAUUUCCUUAUUCAUCAACUUACUUAAAAACGCUCCAGGUGAAACGAAACUUACAAUUUUAAUUAUUCUACUAUAUAAUUCUACAUGACAAUCAGAUGGGUAAAAACGUCUGUUUCUCCGUAUCUUCCAGAAACAACAAAGCGAACCUAAGCUCAGUCAUAGACCUUGCCCCCUUUGUCUUCGAACUCUCCAAGUAGAACGGAAUAGCAUUCAUUCACUUUAAGAUAAAUCCUUCUUAAGCUUCUGCCAAGGGUAUAUCUUGGAUAAAAACUUUCACUUUUUGCUCUUAACUAUCAUUUCUUCCUCGCUGCAAUGGCUGAUAUCUCUAGCCUCUGGAUGGUUAUCAGUGUCUGUUGCAACAACUUAAGCAUGAUUGAUUUCGUAGUUCCUUUUCUUUGGCUAUUGUCAUAAUGCGAUUAGCUAUUCAACUGACACACUCUUCCCUUAAUUGUCUGAUUUGUCUUGGAGAUGGUAGUGUUAAUCCAUAAAACGUUCGAUGGCUGCUUAUGCUAACUGUCAAAUAUUGAAACUGCAAAAAUUUAAAUACAUCUAGCAUGAACAAUGCUCUAAUUUACGAUACAUAUUUAUCCGAAAAAUAAUACUAGAUUGACAUGCUAGUAAAUUGCUGUUCUGUUGUCAAGAUUAUGGCUUCUAAGUCCGAUUCUUUAUGCACUAUAGGUAAUGUAUUGUUCUCUAAUUAAAUGCACUGUUCUAUAAUUCAGGCAAAACGAAUUUUAUUAAAUGAAGAUUAAUAAUUAAUAUAUACCGAUUGGAAGAUAUGAUAAAUAUAAGAAAAUAAAACUGAUGCAUGGCGAUUAGAAAAUGUAUGGUAUAUUAUAGAGAACACGAAAUAUUAUUGGAGGGGAAAAAAUACGCUGCAUCCGUAUGUAAGAUCAUUUAGGCAUAGCCAAAAUAUAACUUUGUUUCAUUCCAUAUGAAAUCAUUCUCUCAAAAGUUCCGUGAUUUUCAAACGAAAAAAAAACUAUUUUUCACUAUAUAAGUGAAAUUAAUUUCUAGGAUUCCUACUCAAACUUAAAAAUUGUCUGUAUCAGCUAAAGAACGGCUUAUUUCAAUUCUAAUAAUACCAGAAAUUUUAUGAAAUCUUUCACAAAAAAUUUACUGACAUUUUGAUUUAACAUUUACAAUGACUAUAGAAAAUCAAUAAUAAUUUACUAAUUUUUCAUUUAAAAUAAUUAGAAAUUGCCAAAACGAAUGGCUGCAUGUCGUAGAAUACAAAAAGUUAGGCUUAACACUUCUUUUUGAAUUACCUUUCUCCUGUAACUAAAAGUGAUUCAAAGAAGGGAUUUUAGUUUCUUGAAAAUAAUAUGCUUCUGGAAUGAUAAUCAGGCAUGCAGCGAAACUUAUUAGUUGUUCCAAACGAUUACAGAAGGUAUCUGAAAUACUUAUGCCUAAAAUAAAAAAUACAGAAGAAUUUAGAUAAAAUUUUGCAGGAGCUAAGAUUGCUGGUAUCAGACUAGACUGUCUUACCAAACUUUCUUUGGAAAACUGGAAGAAGAAGAAGCUUGAAUUUCAGAUAAAUAAUUAUCUGCUUAAAGUUUAAGAUAAUUAGUUGCAUCGUUUUAUUUAUGUGUGCUGAGUUAUUAUUCUUGGAUAUAAAUUAAGGUAUGUGUUACCAUUUGUUUUAAUAUUCUGAUGAAAGAAAACCAAACGAAUCAAGUGUUCACUGAAACUAAAUAGUUUUUCCCCGAAAUAUAUACCUGAAAUAGAAUUAAGAUUGAAGAAUUUAGAUAAAGGCUAACAUUAUCCAGGGAAACUUCGAACAAAAUGAGCAUCCAAAAGAAUUUUACAAGAAUUGAUUAUAGUCAUGCUUUAAAGAGUAAAAUUUUCUUUUGUAAGAUGAAUUAAAAAUGUACUAAACUGAAAACCUUUGCACCUUUUGUAUGCUCUAAGUAGACAAAAGGGAAAUAUAUAAAAGCGAUAAAAUUUCCGUUCGGAAGAAUACAAAACAUUUUCAUUUGAAGAGCAAUAAAAGUUUUAGAGAAGCAAAUAUUCUGCAUUAAUUUUUUAUUAAUAUACAGCAAAUUAAAGAAAUUGGAGAGCAAGAAAACGGCGAAGGAAACUUUCUGUGCGACUUAAUCUAGCGUAAAGGUAUUAUUUAUAAGUCGAAUUAGUUUAUAAAUAAUGUCUUUAUACUAAGGAAGUAAUUCUUGAUUAUGCAUUCUUCUAUAAACUGUCUCCUAGAAGAUAACGUUAUGCAGCGCUUAAUGUUAUUUACUUUAAGAUAAGAUCUCUUUUAGUGAAAUAUUUAUUUUAGAGUUAAAAGUCAAAAUAUAUACUACGAUUGAAAAAGCAAUCUUUACAAUAGCUAACUAGUUUUCCUAUUUUUUGUUCCCAGAGGACGUCUCACUUAAAGGGCAUAAGUUAUAAAAAAAGCGAUACAGAGAUGCAAUGAAUCUUGAAAUUAUGAAAAAUGGCAGCUUUUGAAAGAGAAUGCUUUACAUGAACUCUCUUUUUAUGUACAUAAACGAAAGAAAGGCUGCUUUCUUUUAAGACGAUAUUAAUUCUUUUAUGGAGUAGUUAAGUUCUUUAGCAUGUAUAUUUAAUGUAAAUGUAAAUAUUGUAAAAAUUCCGAAUGCGUUUGGAAAUAUAAUCAGUGUAAGUAGUAGUGAAAGGGAAAAAUCAGAAAAUUAGGUAGGUGUUAAGGACAGGCGUUUGAGUUUGAAGGUUUGAUUACAGGAUUUCUUAGAGAAUUUAUUGCUUGUGUAGCUUUACUCAAUAUUGCUAUAGCUAAAAUAACUUAAGGAACUUUUAAAAAAUGUGCAUUGAGGAAAAUGCUAAAAAUAAAGAAGGUAUUACUGAUAAAUAAUCUUUUAUAGUUAUUAGGAGAGCUUCUAAAUGAUUUUGUGUUGUUAAUUGCUAGGAAAGAGGUUUCCCCAAUGCUAUAACUCAAUAUUUAUUGAUACGCCGCAUCAACUCAGUUAUAAACAGUUGACAUGAGGCUACGACUGCUUCAUUCUUAUCUCGUCCGAACGAAAAAUAUUAGUAACUUUACUACAAUGGGAGAAGAAAAAGGGUAAGUUUAAAAGACUGCAUUGGUAUUUCGACGUGAUUCCAGAAUAUCUAAAUACGGGGCAAAGGAGUUUAUAGAUAAACAGUCGACUGAGGAAGAAAAAUAUGUGAUUUUUUGUGUUUUUGAAAGAAACUGGAUUAGAAUUGUACAUGUGAUGAUAAUUUAAACCAAAAUAUUAUCGUUACCUGAUGACUAAUAAUUGAUGUAUAUUAUUUUGCUAUGUAAUAUAUUUAUCUACAUAUAUAUAUGUUUAUUUAAUAUUAUUUCUGCUUGAAGAAGUAUUAAAUAAAAGCAUCUAAUUCGU